GAUAAACGCCUAUGGAGUCGUAAGACGGUUGAGAGGACUUCUCACUUACUUAGUAAACGUGUCAUUUCGGCUGUUUUAUUUCUCUUACGUGUAAUUUGUAAUCGACAGUCACAAAAUACUCAUUCGAAGGGACUGCUGGGGACUGCAGUAAACCAUGUCACAAAGACCACUUGAAGAUUCAGGAGGCAGAUCACACACCAACAUCAUCAACUGCAACAACGUAAUUGUGGCUGGCACGAUUCAGUGUGCAAAUGUGGUAGUGGGUGGUGCUCAAGGGGUUAGAGUGAGUCCCAAAACAGCACACAAAGAUUUGACUGACGAAUAUUAUAAAAUGGAUGCCAAUCCAAAAGGUCUCUGUCUUAUCAUUCAGAACGAGAAUUUCUCUGGAGGUGACAUAAGGAAAGGAGCUCACAAAGAUUUAGAGAGAAUGGAGAACCUAUUCAAAAAACUGGAAUUUGACGUCAAAGUGUCACCUGAUCGGACAGCAAACGAGAUGAAGGAUGACAUGGCGACGGAAGCCCGUCAUUUUAAAGCCGACUUCGACUGCCUCGUGUGCAUCAUCAUGUCACACGGCGAGGACGGCCUGCUGUUCGGUACUGACCUGGAGUACGUCAAGGUGAAUGAUCUGUCGAGCUAUUUCCAGCCAGACAGGUGUAAAAACCUCAUCGACAAGCCGAAGAUCUUCUUUAUCCAGGCGUGCCGAGGCGAGAAAUGGCAAGUCGGGCGUACUAAGUAUGAUUCGACCAUUACCAGUGAUGUCAAAGCGGAGAAGGAUUCGCCGGGGGAAGUAGAGCUAGACACUGUGGGUGCGCAAUCACAGCUUCCGGCAGGGAUCCCGAACGAGAAGGAUUUCAUGUUCGGGUACGCCACCGUGCCCGGGUACGGGGCAGUGCGGGACGAAAACAGCGGCUGUUGGUACAUACAGGCUCUAGCAGACGUGUUCGAGAAAUAUGCAGACAGCGAGGACCUAAACAGCAUGAUGACUCGUGUAAACGCCAUUGUGAACGAACAGAGAAUUACCAAAAAGGGAAGCGCACCAGUUGUUCAAACACCAGUCUAUCACAACGCACUCACGAAGAAAGUCGUCUUCUACUAGAACUCACGCUCGUAUUUCUGAGCAAAACAAAAACAUUUUACAGGCGAUAUUGGACCUUUAACUGUGACGUCAUUCUUGGACCAAGAUGCACAUUCAAAGAGAGUGGUCGGGAACAGUUCGACUGGUUUACAUCUUAUACUGUCAUAUCACAUACGUUUAACGUUUGACGCAAAAAACAGUCUUAGCUAGCGACCGUGACUGAACAGUUCGACUGGUUUGCAUCUUAUACUAUCAUAUCACAUACGUUUAACGUUUGACGAAAAAAACAGUCUUAGCUCGCGACCGUGACUGAACAGUUCGACUGGCUUCCAUCUUAUAUUAUCUUAUCACAUACGUUUAACAUUUGACGCAAAAAUCAGUCUAGCUGGCGACCGUGACUCCUGGCCCUCCUGAACAGUUCGACUGGUUUCCAUGUUAUACUAUCAUAUCACAUUUAUUUAACGUUUUGGUUUUUUUC